AAAAAGAAAUGCGAAUUAUCAUUUUUUUUUCUCUCUUCGUUCACUCUCUCUGCGUCCGGUCUUCUUCGUCCCCUUCUUCGCCUUCACACCUUCUGCCAUUUGCGAUUUACCAUCUCGUGGGGCGACGACGACCGCCGCCCUCCCCUCCGGCCACCGGUCUCGGUCGCGGCUCCCCUGGAUUCGCGGCACCGCGUCCGUCUCCGGAUCGUCUCGGAGAUCUGCUGCUGAGGGAGCUGCAUAUAAUCUGAGGUGCUCCUGAAGUGUUCAGAAGAGGUUCCUGUUGUAUUUAUUUUUGUUGGUGCGAGUGUAAUGGAGGAAGUGGAGGAGGCCAACAGGGAAGCCGUGGAGAGCUGCCACAGGGUGCUCGCCUUGCUCUCGCAGCCGCAUGACCCCGCACAGGUCAGGAGCAUAGCUCUGGGCACGGACGAAGCAUGCGCCAAGUUUAGGAAGGUGGUCUCCCUGCUCAGCAAUGGAGGAGUGGGAGUAGGAGAAGCCGGACCAUCAGGCGCAAGUGGAAGCGGAAGCCAUCCGAGAGCUAAGCUUGUUAGCAGAAGACAGAAUCCAGGGUUCUUAACUCAGAAAGGCUUCCUGGAUAGCAACACCCCGGUUGUGGUGUUGAACAGCGCCCAUCCUUCUCCUGCCUCUGCGCAGGUGUAUCCUAGAACUGCUGGAGCUCUGGAUGCGCAGGGCGUGCAUCCCCUCGGAGGACCGCCUAAGCUGGUCCAGCCUUUAUCUGCGCAUUUUCAGUUUGGCAAUGUGUCGUCACGGUAUCAGUUCCAGAAUCAGCAGCAGCAGCAGCAGAAGUUGCAGGCUGAGAUGUUCAAGAGAAGCAACAGUGGGGUUAACUUGAAGUUUGAGAGCACCAGUGGCACGGGGACAAUGUCAUCGGCGAGGUCCUUCUUGUCGUCUUUGAGCAUGGAUGGUAGUGUGGCUAGCCUGGAUGGCAAGUCAUCGUCGUUCCAUUUGAUCGGUGGGCCUGCAAUGAGCGAUCCGGUGAACGUGCAGCAGGCCCCAAGGAGGCGAUGCACGGGUCGUGGGGAGGAUGGGACUGGCAAGUGCGCUGUGACAGGGAGGUGCCAUUGUUCAAAGAGAAGUAGGAAGUUGCGGGUAAAGAGGUCGAUUAAGGUUCCCGCCAUUAGUAAUAAGAUUGCUGAUAUACCUCCGGAUGAAUACUCGUGGAGGAAGUAUGGGCAGAAGCCAAUUAAGGGUUCCCCUCAUCCUAGGGGUUACUACAAAUGCAGUAGUGUGAGGGGCUGCCCAGCUAGGAAGCAUGUUGAACGGUGUGUAGAUGAUUCAUCAAUGCUCAUUGUGACAUAUGAGGGCGAGCACAACCACACCAGAAUGCCAACUCAGUCAGCACAGGUUUAGAGAACUCAUCAUCACUGCUGCACCUCCUUCAGGAAGUGCCACCAACACGGCCUUUGUUGGCAAUGGACGGACUGCGCCGGCCGGUCAGGUUAACAAUGAUUGUGUGGAGACAUUUUUAGUAGCUGUCGUUGAGAUGUUUGGCCCUUCUUACAGCCACAUGAUUUGUAGCGAGAAUGGAAGUGGGUGAGCACUAGAUUUUCUUCUCCCUUAUGGAGGUUAUCACAAUGAUGAUGACGAGGAAGAACACGCCAUUAGAUAGGACAGCUGAGCUUUUGCUCAGGAUUAGUGUGAAGAGGUGGAAGGGAAGAUAAAAGUUGGCGGGAAUGAGACAGUUGUGUAAAUUUAGUAAAAAAAAAGGGAGUAAAACUAGAGCUGCUCUUCUUGGGCUAUCCCGAUUGGCUGAUUCCCUCACUCACUCACCUGUAUCAAGAAUAGUGUCAACUGAAAACAAGUGCACAGAGGCUGUCUUUUGCUGUUAUAGCAAUUCAUUCAUAUUCAUUCAUGGUCCAAUAAUCAGCGGUGCUACCUUCUC